GGCUGCUGGAAAUCUCGGAGAACUGUGUUGGAGUCCUGCUCUUGGCUGGUGGUCAGGGGACCCGUCUUGGUGUUCAGUACCCUAAAGGAAUGUACAAUGUUGGGCUGCCGAGUGGCAAAACUUUGUAUCAGAUCCAGGCAGAACGCAUUCGCAAAAUCCAAGAGCUUGCAGACAGCAAACAUGGCUCUAAAUGCACUGUUCCAUGGUACAUAAUGACCAGUGAAUUCACUCUGGCUCCAACUGAGACUUUUUUUAAGGAGAACAACUAUUUUGGACUGGAACCAACAAACAUCGUUAUGUUUGAGCAAAGAAUGAUUCCAGCUGUGACAUUUGAUGGAAAAGUCAUCUUGAAGGAUAAAGGGAAGAUAGCCAUGGCACCAGAUGGUAAUGGAGGUCUGUACCAGGCACUGGUGGACAAUAAGGUGCUGGAGGACAUGAAGAAAAGGGGAGUAAAGUACCUGCAUGUGUACUGCGUGGACAACAUUCUGGUCAAGAUGGCCGAUCCUGUGUUUAUUGGCUUCUGUGUGAGCAAGGGCGCUGACUGUGGGGCCAAGGUGGUGGAGAAGGCGUACCCUACAGAGCCGGUCGGCGUGGUUUGCAGAGUACGAGGGGUAUCCCAGGUGGUCGAGUACAGUGAGGUCCAGCCACAGACGGCUGAACUGCGAGGACCUGGAGGAGAGUUGGUUUACAGUGCUGGAAACAUCUGCAAUCACUUCUUUACCAGGAGCUUCCUGCAGGAUGUGGCAGAGAAAUAUAAAGACCAGCUGAAGCAACAUGUUGCCUUAAAGAAAGUGCCCUUUGUUGACGCACAAGGCGUUCAAGUCAAACCAUCCAAAUCCAAUGGCAUAAAGAUGGAGAAGUUUGUUUUUGACGUCUUCAAAUUCUCAAGGAACUUCGUUGCGUUUGAGGUUGUCAGGGAGGAUGAGUUUUCCCCCCUGAAAAAUGCAGAUGGCUCAGCCACAGACAACCCGACCACAGCCAGGAACUCUCUGCUGGCUCAACACUGCCGUUGGGUCACAUCUGCUGGAGCCACACUGUUGGAUAAAUAUGGGAAUCCCCUUCCUCUUCCCAGCGUGUCAGCUGAUGACAGUCCUCCGGCUCAAUGUGAGAUUUCACCGCUUGUCUCGUACUUUGGAGAGGGUCUGGAGCAGCUGCUGAAAGGGAGGACAAUUCAUACUCCCUUUGUUCUGGAUGAAAAGCAGACCAAAAAGUUGCAAGCUCAAUAGCUUUUUUUUGUCAUUUAGAGAGUUUUUUGACAUUCCAAAACAGUGGAUUGCAGCUUAGAGGUGUGUGCCAGGACUGUGGCAAAGUUUUGUUUUUUAAUUUUGAAUUGUUAGUAAUUAUGAUCAUAUCCAAAUGUCACUUUGAUAACCUACAAUGUGAUGUUGUUUCCUGGGGGGAGAAUUUCUAAAAGAAAAAAGAAAUUGAUCCACAAAAAAUAAAAGAAUAUCAAAAAUAAA